ACUGAGAGUAAGCGCUGAUCUUUAAGGCGACAUCUUAACAUGCGGUGACCAGCGUGUCCAAUUGGCAUUUCACGUUAGGUUGAGAACAGCGUUGCUUCAGCCCCGAUAAACGUAGAAUACCGUAACUCAUUCUGCAUAGCUAGCAGGAAACCCCCAGAUCAAACUGUUUGUUUAAUUAUGGCGGCCUUUAGAAUGCUGUCCACAAUUGAUUCAUUAUGAGUCACUUCGUUAAUGUGCACUAAUGGUUACAUAUAUUGAUGAAACUCGUAUAAUGAAAUAUUUUCAGUGAUAAGUGAGUCAACUCUAAAUAGCUCUUAAUUUGAGCGAUACUUGGAUACUAACCGAAGUAUAAAAACGACAUAGCAGCUUGCUAGCUCUACGCACUGGGAGCUCUAGCUAGAUAUUUAUCUAGCCUGCUAACACACGCUGCUUUAAAAAUGUACAUUUCAGGUGACGUUAGAAGGGACUGCUCGUCACUUUGUUCCUGACGGUGAUUUCAUUCAGCCAGACCGGCUAACUGCUAGCUUGCUAGUCGCCUCAAAUGGAAGGGCUAGCUAACUAGCCCCGUUCGCUAACCGCCCUCCUUAGUUGUGUCGACUUAAGGUUAGCUAGCUAGCUAGUGUUAACACCGACUCAAAACCCAAACAAGUUGGACGUUUUAAGAUAACCCUGUCGCGAUUCGUUCAGACAUGAACUUUAGUGUGUGCAAAUAAAACAUGUCUGCGCAUAGGUUAGUUGAUGCAAUAGCUCUCCUUAUUAACGCAGGCAGGCGUUGUGUGACAGCUUGUGACAAUUUAACGUUAGAAUAGGUAACAUUAGUUAGCUAUUAGGUAACCGGGUGUCAUCAGUUGCCACUAUACCAGUAAUGUGAAGUGUCUUUAUUAUCUGCCAGCUCACAGAUUCUUACUGAAGACCAGCUCUAUGUGCUGCUUCUUGUCUCCGCUGUUUGAAACUACUGGUCCUUCCACUGGUAUUUAACAUCGUCCUCUGUGCACCAUAGAGGAUGUUGCAGCAGGUGGAGGAAUUCUGAGGUCUUGUGUGACAUAAAUGCUUCUGAAUGAAAGUUUAAAACCUUAAAGAUUGAAAGCUAGAGUGGUUUCUCAGUGAAUGUCUCAGCUGAAUAGCAGGCUCGAUCCUUUCAGGUGUUUUUUCUCUGUAAGCUUUCUGCCCUCCUUUGAUUGUCUUGUUUGUCUGAAUUCUUUGCUGUUAUGUCAGGGAGUCAUUGAGAGCUGUCUUUUACCAACACCACAUAAUCACCAGUGACACACACAACCUCUGGAGCGCUGAUUGUUGUAAGUUAGAGUGGAAAGCAUAAUAGGUGUUUUUCACAGUAAACAUUAAGAUUUAAUACAUAUCAUAGUAGGCAGAGCACAGGCGUUACUAAUGACAUAAACCAUGUCUCUGUUCUAUUCAAGUGUCUAGUAAGCAGGCAGUGUGACAGUGAUGCACAAUACCAGUACUCUGAAAGUGAGGCAGCUCAUUCCACACUACACUUGUGUAUAUGACAAUACAAGAAGCAUUAGAUGCCUAAAAUCUUCUCCAACAAAACUUAGUUUUUUCAUUUAACAAAAGACAGAUGAAGACACUUUUCAAAUGUUAAAUGUUCUAUAAAGUCAAACAGCACUUAGCCGUAAGAACCUUCCCUCAGUUGAAAACUCACACAAAUUCAGUAAAUGGGACUACCAUUGUGGUCAAUCAGCAUUCGAUGAACACAUUUGGUACUUGACAUUUUUCAAAUUGUAUUAGGAAAAAAUCUUCAAUUAGCCCAGGUUUAAAUGUAAGGAGUUUGAAGUGUGUGUGUGUGGCUUCUUUGAUUGACUUGGUCUCAUGUGAUCUCAUGUUCUGUCCUCCACGCUGUGAUGAUGAUGAUGAUGGGUCAUACCCUGCCCCCCCCUAGUGCUAGGGUUGCUUACCACUUUUCUCCUGUUCUUCCUGCCGGACCCUCCAUGACCUCGGCCUGCCUCACCCUUCAUCACCAUCAUCUACCUCGCUUCCUGGUGAAUCCAACCCUCCGGACAUCGUUGCUCAACUGGUUCUACUUCUACUGACUCUUGUCAUUGGCUGCUGUGGCUGGCCCUGUACAAUACCACUGGACAUUGCUGUACCCAUGAUGCACUCCUGAACUUUCAUCUGUCCAAUUCCUGGACUUGUUUUUUAUAUUUUUUGUCCGUGCUGUGCGCUGACCAUGCUGGGCAUGUUCUGUGUUCGUGCUGGCUCUGGUCUGAUGGGCUUUCGGGCGGCACCACGGGUCCGAUCUCUGCAUUCUUUCCCUGGGAUCACUGUGGCUCAGAUUGAUGAAGAGGUAGCCAAACUGCUGGAGCUGAAGGCUCAGAUAGGAGGAGACGAUGGCAAACAUCAGUUUGUCCUCAAGACGGCAAAGGGAACGAGGGACUACAACCCAAAGCAGAUGGCCAUCAGAGAGAGAGUCUUCAGCACCAUCAUCGGCUGCUUCAAACGCCACGGAGCAGAAACAAUCGACACACCUGUUUUUGAACUGAAGGAAACGUUGACGGGGAAGUAUGGAGAAGAGUCCAAGCUCAUCUACGACCUGAAGGACCAAGGAGGAGAGCUGCUGUCCCUCAGAUAUGACCUCACCGUGCCCUUUGCCCGCUACCUGGCCAUGAACAAGAUCACCAACAUCAAGCGGUACCACAUCGCUAAGGUCUACCGCCGCGACAACCCAGCCAUGACCCGCGGACGCUACCGAGAGUUCUACCAGUGUGACUUUGACAUAGCAGGGCAGUAUGACGCUAUGAUUCCAGAUGCAGAGUGUCUGAAGAUUGUCUAUGAAAUCCUUAGUGGGCUGGACCUCGGAGACUUCCGGAUCAAGGUCAACGACAGACGUAUUCUUGAUGGAAUGUUUGCUGUGUGUGGUGUUCCAGAUGACAAGUUCCGCACCAUCUGUUCAACAGUGGAUAAACUGGACAAGAUGACCUGGGAGGAUGUGAGGAAGGAGAUGGUGAAUGAGAAGGGCCUGUCAGAGGAGGCAGCCGACCAGAUUGGGGGGUACGUCAGUUUACAAGGUGGAAUGGACUUAGCAGAGCGCCUCCUCCAGGACCAGAAGAUGUCUCGCAGUAAGCAGGCCUGUGCUGGCCUGUCCGACAUCAAGCUGCUCUUCACCUACCUGCAGCUCUUCCAGGUCACAGACAAGGUGGUGUUUGACCUCAGUCUGGCUCGGGGUCUGGACUACUACACAGGAAUCAUUUAUGAGGCGGUGCUGACUCAGGCGGGUGUGGCCCUGGUGUCCACUGAAGCCCAAAAUGGGGCGCCUGCAGAAGAGAGUGUGAGUGUGGGCAGCGUGGCCGGCGGUGGUCGAUACGACGGCCUAGUGGGCAUGUUUGACCCCAAGGGUAGGAAAGUGCCGUGUGUGGGCGUCAGCAUCGGCAUCGAGAGGAUCUUCUCCAUCAUGGAGCAGAAGGCUGAGGCCUCAGCAGAGAAGGUCCGCACCACAGAGGUUCAGGUCAUGGUGGCGUCAGCUCAGAAGAACCUGCUGGAGGAAAGACUCCAACUUGUCACUGAGCUCUGGAAUGCUGGCAUUAAGGCAGAGGUGAUGUACAAGAAGAACCCCAAACUGCUGAGUCAGCUGCAGCACUGCGAGGAGUCUGGGAUCCCACUGGUGGCCAUACUGGGAGAACAGGAGCUGAAGGAUGGAGUGGUGAAGCUCCGCGUUGUGGCCUCCAGGGAGGAGGUCGAUGUCUCCAGAGCAGCUCUUAUAGAGGAGAUCCGGAGGAGGACCUCUGAGGCCUAGUCCUCCCCUUCUGUUCAGCUACUACCACCGAUCGCUUCAAACAGACACUCUGCAGAGCCUCACACACCGUGACUCUAAGUGUGAACAUGAAGAGCUUCUUGAAAGGAAACACCGUCAUAAAAAACUAAUUUUAGAAUGAUUUGUUGCAGUUGACAUGUGUUCUGGAUUAUGUCUAAACGAUACGUUCUUGCUUUGUGUCAACAUUGUAUAAUAGUGAGGAACAAAUCAUUGAUGUUAACUAUUCAAGUCAAGGUUUCUUAUUUUCCAUAAAGCUGCUGGAGAUCAGUUUAAUCAGAUUCAUUAGCUAAAUCUUUUUGUUCAUCUGUCCAGGACCAAGAUGACAGACCAUGUUAGAGACAUUUACUUCCUGAACCCAUCACAUGAUUUACUGCAGUUCAACUCCUCACAAAAAAGGCUCAUGUCUGCCUGUAUCAAAGAUGGCUGUACUGUAAGUGUCUGAAAUAAACGCAUCAUUCUGCUCAAUAUCAAACA